CUAGUGUCAGCUUCUCACUAGUUUGCUCUCAAACAGAGGAGGCUCUUGUCUUUAGAGACCAUGACAGCAAAAGGGAGUUACCACAGAAUCGUAUUAAAAAUCGGGUGUAUCCCAAAGUUCGGCGUUCUCAGACCUAGAUCUUGCCGGUGUUAGUCAGAGGAAGUGCAACAGAUUCAUUUGCUUCAUAUCAAAAUAAGAGAUUUUAUUUGGACUAACACAAGUGAGGGCAAAUAAAGAGGUUGGAUUCACCUCUCGACACAAAUGGCACACAGUAUGUAUCACGACAGCGGACAAGCUGGGCGAUCAGUCCUGGGAAUGCUAGCCGUGCAGGUGGAGCGAGACCCCAAGACGGGGGCCACCAUUGUGAGGUCGGUGGCCCCCGUGUCCUCCCCAGCCGGGGCUCCGACGGCCACCACGGUCUUUGACGACGGCAGGAAGAGCAUCCACGCCGUGGGAGGCUCGGUGGCUCAGCCUUCAAACGAGGAGCUCAGUCAGAUCCUGAGAGCCGUUAACGGAGUUGGGAUGGAUAUGCUGCUGGACGAGGGGACGGUCCCGCAGAGUGCAGCAGAGAUGACGGCACAGGACGUGGGAACCAGCGAAUCCCUAGAGGAAGAAGUCCUGUCGUUCAGCACCCACGAUGUCGUAUUAAGGGAGGUCCCCGUACAGCUGGACAGCUCUGGGAUUAAGCAUGUGGAAGCUGGGGUGGUGAAGGUGGAGAAGUGUGAUGUAAGCAUCACAAACACGGACGACAACACCGUGAUGAUGGUCCGGAGUGCUGAAGAACAAGUGCAGAACAUGGAGGGUCAGAGACUGGAGGAAGAUCCAGUCACGCUUGUGUUCCUGGGCUACGCCGAUGACACCUCGGACCAGGGCGACGGGGAGGAUGCUCGGGCAGGCAUGCUCACCGCGGAGCGGGUCAUCAUCACGGAGGAUGGAGAAGAGCAAGUCUUUGGACAGGAAAUGUCUGCUUCGCCUCAGUCAGCGUUAGCAGAGGGAGCCGAGCAAGAGGCCGCGAGAGAGUCCCAGGACAAAGGCCUUUCAGACGUUCCAGUGGAUGGAAGUGGAGCAGAAGCUAAAGCCCAGGGCCGGGAGGGUGAUAAUGGGAAGCACAAGACCUGUCAGUGCUGCUCCGUCAUGUAAGGAAUGAGUGAAGAAAGAUCUCAGUCACAGCUUGAAAUAUGUAAUUUGCUAUGUUAGUGUGUCAUGCAUCUUUCAUUAGACACUCUUUGCCACACUGUGGCCCUAAACUGAUACACCUGAUACGGUCUUAAAUUGGUUUUGACUCUGGACACGCAGCACUUAGCUUCCCUCGCCAAGGAAGAACACAUUUAUGAUGAUGUGGCUCCUUUAGAGCAUUUAAGGACGACGGUACCGUCCUCCGGGUCAACGGAGCAGAGAAUUUCUUCAUGUCCUGUUGCAGCCAGCUUCAUCUUCUUCAGGGGCCUCAUUUAUAAAGCUUGCAUGCGCUCAAAACAAGGCUUGAAAGAUGCGCACGCCACCUUCUACGCAAAGGUUGGGAUUUAAAAAAAAAAAAAUAACGGGAAAAUGUGCGUAUCUUUACGCAAACUUUGAUCCUAGUGCACGAACAUUUUGAAGAUAUGGGGAACUGGAGACGCAGACGGUGAGGUGGUGAAAUAAAGCCAGAUUCAUGUCAUACUUUUAAUGUCAUCACAUAUCAGACUUCAGUCAGCGUCAGUCAGGACACGGCCACUUUCAGGUGCGCCAUGUGCUUGGUUCGCUCUGGUGCUGCUGGUGCUGCAGCCGCAGUGCAGGACACGCCGUGCCGGUGUCGUGCCAAAAAGUGACAGUGCCAGAAUCUGAUUUAUCCCCUGAAAAUGGGUCUUUUUACCUGCCAAAAAUUGAUUGAAGGCCAAAUACAGUAAAUGAAAAGUUAUUUCUGCCUAAAUAUGACUUGAUCUCAUUCGUGAGCUUCAUAAUCUGAAAGAUCUGAAAGAUCUGUCCGUGGCACUCAUGGCGUUUAGCGCAGCAACGACGUGCUGCCACUCACUCGCUUUCUUUUUGUGAUGCCACUUCUGUGACCACGAAAUAAUCUCGUUUUCAUGGCCUCCACCUCAUCCACAACAUCUCGAUCUCGGUCUCCGUGAAAUUUAGUGGCACGGUGGCUCGACACAUGUGUCAUUCAUCCUGACGCGCAGCAGAAACAGACUGCAGGAAGCCGCUGCGCAUGCUCAGCAGGCUCAUUCAUAUGCAAACACACUCAUCAAGUAGUUUGCAUUGCCCAUUUAUGGUAGAAAGUGGGCGUGUAAAGAGCGGGGUAUGAGGCGAAUUCAGGUGCGCAACUUUCCAGCUGAACUGUGAUUUAUAAAGCGAACAUUGCGUGCAGAUGUGCCUGCACAUGGUUUUAUAAAUCAGGAUUUUUUUGUCCGCACGCCAUUUUUGACUUUUCAGCGCACGUACACUUUUAGUAUGAAUCCUACGCACUCUUUUAUAAAUGAGGCCCCAGGACUUUAGCCAGAAAUACGCUAAAUGUUUAACAUCAGUGAAUACGAACAGGCCUGGCAUAGUUCAUAGAUUUCAGGAUGUUUAUUUCAACACUCAUGUUGUGAUUCUUUUGUCAAUUUUUAAUUUUACCCUGUAUUGUAAAGGGCUAUAGUUGCCAUACAGUGUUUCAAGAAUUUAUAAUUGAAUAUCUUGAAGUCAAGUUUACAAUAUCUCACUAUUUAACAUGAGUGUUAUGGUGCUGCGUUUUUCUACAAUUGAUCUAUUAUGUAUCUCAGUGACAAAACUGCUAAUACAGUUU